GCUCACACGCCCGCGCGCGCACGCACGUGCACACCGCGGGCAGCGAGAACACGAGCGAGAGCCCUUGAGUGUUGGACGCGUUAUAGCCAUGGCUUCUGUCCUCAACAGCAAAAUUCACGCGUCCGGGACUUGCCAGGGCUCCAAAGCUGAUGCCCGCGGUGACGCCGACGGGAGAAUGGACUGGGAUCCCGAGGUGCACGUGAAAAUGUGCAAGAAGAUCGCCCAGCUCACCAAGGUGAUUUACGCCCUCAACACCCGCCAGGACGAAGCGGAGGCCAGCAUGGAGGCGCUGCGCGAGGCCCACCAGGAGGAACUCCAGAAAGCCGUGGCAGAGACCGAGGCCAGGCUCCUGCAGGAACAGGGGCCCGCGGAGGAGGAGGCCCUGCUCCAGCGCAUCCAGGCCCUGGAAAGCGCGCUGGAGCUGCAGACGAGGCUGACGCAGGAGGCCCUGGCGCAGUCGGCCACGUGCAGGCUGGAGACCAAAGAGAGAGAGCUGCGGGUGGAGGCCGAGCACGCCGAGCGGGUCCUCAGCCUCUCCAAGGAGAUGCUGGAGCUCAAGGCUGACUACGAGAAGAGGCUCCGGCACCUGACAAGCCACGAGGCGCCCCAGCGGGGCCGGCUUUCCCAGGAGGGACCGGACCCUCAGGGAGAGCCAGGCCACGGCCAGGAGAUCCGGGAGGUCCUGCUGGAGGUGGAGCGGCUGCGCGUGGAAAACCAGCAGCUGAGCAAGGACUACGCCCGCAAGGCCGAGGAGCUGCAGGCCACGUAUGAGCGGGACACCGAGGCCAUCCGGCAGGCCAUGCAGCAGUCCGUGAGCGAGGCCCUGUGGCAGUGGCAGGAGAAGGAGACGGACCUCCGCAAGAACUUCCAGGUCCAGGAGUCGGCCCUGCAGGCCCAGGUCAGGAAGCUGGAAGGGGAUCUGGAGCACAGAGGCCGCAAGAUAAGUGACCUGAAGAAGUAUGCCCAGAAGCUGAAGGAGAGGACGCAGGACCUGGAUGUGCAGCUCAAGGAGGCUCGGCAGGAGAAUUCAGAGCUGAAAAGCACUGCAAAAAAACUUGGAGAGAAGCUGGCUAUUGCCAAAGACAGACUGAUGCUGCCGGAGCGUCCCGUGAUGCAGAAAAUCGAUAACAUGAAGACGGAGCUAGUUUCAGAGAAUGAAGUCCUAGGGAAGGAGAAUGACCUGGAAGGCCGCAGUCUCCAUCCUCAGCAGGACCCAAAUUUUCCCAAGGAGUGUCCGUACACCAAAGGAGGCCCAGAGGCACAGACCAAGAAAGAGGCAAGUAUUGAGACGGAAUAUAUGAAGCAACAAUAUGAAGAAGACCUUCGUAAAAUCAAACAUCAGACAGAAGAGGAGAAGAAACAUCUCAAAGACCAGCUAGUGAAGCGACUGGAAGACUUAGUGAAGAAGCACACCCUAGAAAUCAAGUCUGUUCGCUCAUCGGUGGAGGCAGAGAGGAGGAAGCUGCAGAAGGAAGUAGAAGCACAGUUGGAGGAAGUGAAGAAGAAGUCAGAAAAUGAAAUCAAGCAGCUGGAAGAAGAGAAAGCGGCCCUAAAUGUGAAGCUCCAGAACUCUCUGCUAGAGGUUUUAAGACUGGAAGAAUUUAUCCAACAGAAUAAGGUGCGUCCCGGAAAAGGCAAAGAAAGGCCCCAGGGAUUGGACUGCUGGCACCACAGCAUUUUCGAGACCCAGGAUCCAUGCUUGAAGCUGAAUGAACCUCAGAACCUGCCCAGAGGAGAAGAGUAUCAGGAUAAGUUAGCAGCCGAGGAAGGAACCAGCAGUGAUGAAGAAGAAAGGAUUGAAGUGCCCCUCAAGGAGGGAGGUGACCUGCAGCCUCCAUUGAACUUUUUGCUGAAGGAGAAGGCACCUGAAAUCCAGCGUCUGCAGGAGGAGUGGCAAAGCCAGAAGGCCAGAUUGCAGGCCCAGGUCUCACAGAUGCAGCAGGCUCUGGAGCAGUGCGCCAACAGCUACAGGGAGGACCUGCAGGAGCUCAAGCAACUCUCCGACCACGAAAGGGAGAAGCUGCAGCACGAGCUCCAGGAGACCAUUCAGCAGAACCAGGCCGUGAAAGCCCAGCUCGAGGCCUCCCACCAGCGGGCCCUGUGCACGCUUGAGAAGGCCAAAAAUCAAGAACUCAAGGCUGCUGUAACAGAAUUACCACGGACUGAGCAGCUUGGAAACAAUAGAAAUUUAUUCCCCACCGUUCUGGAGGCUGCAAGUGCAAGACCAAAGCACCAGCUGGUCUGGUGUCUGUUGAGAGCUCACUCCCUAGUUCAUAGACACCCACCUCUCUAUAACCUCACGUGGAAGAAGGGGCAGGGGAGCUUUUGCGAACCUCCUGUACAAGAGCACUGA